CGCUGCGGCGCUGUCAGUCAGCGCGGCGGCGCCGGGAGCGCAGCGGAGCGGCCACGCCGCGCUCGGCUCCCCGCGCCCUCAGCCCCGGCCAGGGCUCGCCGGCCCGGCCCGCCGGUGCCAUGCUGCUGCCGCUCGCCGUGCUGCCCUGCGCCUUCGUCCUGCUGCGAGCCGCAGCCUCUCUCCAAGUGGACAUUGUUCCAAGCCAGGGGGAGAUCAGCGUUGGAGAAUCCAAGUUCUUCUUAUGUCAAGUGGCGGGCGAGGCCAAGUUCAAGGACAUCUCGUGGUUCUCCCCGAACGGGGAGCGCCUCAGCCCCAACCAGCAGCGCAUCUCGGUGGUGCGCAACGAUGACUUCUCCUCCACGCUCACCAUCUACAACGCCAACAUCGACGACGCCGGCAUCUACAAGUGUGUGGUCAGCAGCCCCGAGGAGGGCGACUCCGAGGCCACCGUCAACGUCAAGAUUUUCCAAAAGCUGAUGUUCAAGAACGCUCCCACCCCUCAGGAAUUCAAGGAAGGGGACGAUGCUGUGAUCGUGUGCGACGUGGUCAGCUCGCUGCCCCCCACCAUCAUCUGGAAGCACAAAGGCAGGGAUGUCAUCCUAAAAAAGGAUGUGCGCUUCAUCGUCCUGUCCAACAACUACCUGCAGAUCCGGGGCAUCAAGAAGACAGAUGAGGGCACCUACAGGUGUGAGGGGAGGAUCCUGGCCCGUGGGGAGAUCAACUUCAAGGACAUCCAGGUCAUCGUGAACGUGCCUCCCUCGGUGCGUGCCCGGCAGAGCACCAUGAAUGCCACUGCCAACCUCAGCCAGUCUGUCACCCUGGCCUGUGAUGCUGAUGGCUUCCCCGAGCCCACCGUCACCUGGACAAAGGAUGGAGAGCCCGUGGAGGAGGUGGAGGAGGAGGACAAAUACAGCUUCAACUCGGAUGGCUCCGAGCUGGUCAUCCACAGGGUGGACAAGAGCGACGAGGCCGAGUACAUCUGCAUUGCUGAGAACAAGGCUGGAGAGGCCGAUGCCACCAUCCACCUCAAAGUCUUUGCCAAACCCAAGAUCACCUACGUGGAGAACAAGACAGCCAUGGAGCUGGAGGAUCAGAUCACGCUGACCUGCGAGGCCUCGGGGGACCCCAUCCCCUCCAUCACCUGGAGAACCUCCACCAGGAACAUCAGCAACGAGGAGAAGACGCUGGACGGGCGGAUCGUGGUGCGCAGCCACGCGCGCGUCUCCUCGCUGACGCUCAAGGACAUCCAGUACACGGACGCGGGCGAGUACGUCUGCACGGCCAGCAACACCAUCGGCCAGGACUCGCAGGCCAUGUACCUGGAGGUGCAGUAUGCCCCCAAGCUGCAGGGCCCCGUGGCCGUGUACACCUGGGAAGGAAACCAAGUGAACAUCACCUGUGAGGUGUUUGCCUACCCCAGUGCUGUCAUCUCCUGGUUCCGGGACGGGCAGCUCCUGCCCAGCUCCAACUACAGCAACAUCAAGAUCUACAACACCCCCUCAGCAAGCUACCUGGAGGUGACCCCAGACUCGGAGAAUGACUUUGGGAACUACAACUGCACGGCUGUGAACCGCAUCGGGCAGGAGUCCUCCGAGUUCAUCCUGGUGCAGGCAGACACGCCCUCCUCGCCCUCCAUCGGCCGGGUGGAGCCCUAUUCCAGCAGUGCCCAGGUGGAGUUUGACGAGCCCGAGGCCACGGGCGGGGUGCCCAUCCUCAGGUACAAGGCGGAGUGGAGGGCCCUGGGCGAGGGGGACUGGCACUCCAGGCUCUACGAUGCCAAGGAAGCCAACGUGGAGGGGACAGUGACCAUCACGGGGCUGAAGCCUGAGACCACCUAUGCAGUGAGGCUGUCAGCUGUCAACGGCAAGGGCGUGGGGGAGCUCAGCCCGCCCGCCGAGUUCAAGACGCAGCCAGUCCGCAUCCCUCACCCACCGACCCCAGCUCCGGCUGCAUCCCCGAGCCCCGCGGCUCCGAAAGGGGAACCCAGUGCCCCCAAGCUGGAAGGUCACAUAGGAGAAGAUGGCAACUCCAUCAAGGUGAACGUCAUCAAGCAGGACGACGGUGGCUCCCCGAUCAGGCACUACCUGAUCAAGUACAAAGCUAAGCACUCCUCGGAGUGGAAGCCUGAGAUCCGGCUGCCGUCGGGCAGCGACCACGUGAUGCUGAAAUCCCUGGACUGGAACGCCGACUACGAGGUGUACGUGGUGGCUGAGAACCAGCAGGGCAAGUCCAAGCCUGCCCACUACGCCUUCCGCACCUCGGCCCAGCCCACCGUCAUCCCAGCCAGCACUAGCCCUACCUCGGGCCUGGGCACCGCUGCCAUCAUCGGCAUCCUCGUGGUGGUCUUCGUGGCGCUGCUGGUGGCCGUGGAUGUCACCUGCUACUUCCUGAACAAGUGCGGGCUGCUCAUGUGCAUCGCCGUCAACCUGUGCGGCAAGUCCGGCCCGGGGGCCAAGGGCAAGGACAUGGAGGAGGGCAAGGCAGCCUUCUCGAAGGAUGAGUCCAAGGAGCCCAUCGUGGAGGUGCGCACGGAGGAGGAGAGGACCCCCAACCACGACGGGGGGAAGCACACGGAGCCCAACGAGACCACCCCGCUGACAGAGCCAGAGCACCCCGCCGACACCGCGGCCACCGUGGAGGACAUGCUGCCUUCUGUCACCACGGGCACCACUAACUCUGACACUAUCACUGAAACCUUUGCCACUGCCCAGAACAGCCCCACCAGCGAGAGCACCACGCUGACCUCCAGCAUUGCCCCGCCGGCCGCGGCCGCUCCCGACGCCGCGGGCCCCGGCCAGGCCACCCCGGCCAAAGGCGCGGCCGCCGCCUCGGCCUCGUCGCCGCCGCCCUCCUCCACCCCCAAAGUGGCCCCUCUUGUUGAUCUCAGCGACACCCCCAGCUCUGCUCCGGCCACCAGUAAUUUAUCUUCAAGUGUCCUGCCGGGGCAGGCCGUGCUCAGCCCCAGCGCCGCCACGGCCGACGCCGCCAAAGCCGGGAACAAGGCGGCCGCCCCCAGCCCUGCCAACCUCACGAGCCCUGCAGCUCCCUCAGAGGCCAAGCAGGAGGUGGCCAAGAGCCCCGAGAAGGAGCCUGUGCAGCCCAGCACGGUGAAGAGCCCAGCAGAGACCCCCAAGAACCCGAGCAACGUGAAGAGCGAGGCUGCCUCGGGCAGCGCCGCCAACCCCUCGCAGAACGAGGACUUAAAAAUGGACGAAGGGACCUUCAAGCCACCAGACAUUGACCUUGCCAAGGAUGUUUUUGCAGCUCUUGGCACUGCUUCUCCUCCUGCUGCCGGCGGGGCUGGUGGGCAAGCCCCCGAGCCCGCUGCUGCCGCUGCAGACAGCUCUGCCCCCGCAAAGACCGAGAAAAUGCCAGCAGAGGACAAAGGCGCCGUGCAGGACAGGAAGAGCCCCCCGGCAGAAGCGAAGACGGUGCCCAACGAAGCCACACAAACAAAGGAGAGCGAGAGCAAAGCAUGAUCAGCACGGCAGAGGGGACGGCAGAAUCCUUCACCCGAGCAUUGAAAUCACAACCCACACACCCAUCUCAUUCCUCUAGUGUCUGUUGCCUUUUUUUAAAAAAGAAAGACAAACAAACAAACCAGAAAAAUGCAUAAAUGGGGGGAGGGAGGGAAUGUCUCUUUUUUCCUUUUCUUUUUUUUUUUCCUCUUCUUCUCUUUUUUUUAAUUUUGAUUUCUGUUUUUUGCUUUCUUUGAGAUUUCUAGAAAGGUCCUAUUUGUUGUGCACUUGCUUUUAAAAAGUAAAACAUGUUAAAAACAGGGUUAAACCCGUCACCAAAUCAGGGCUCAGCUGGCCCUGGGUGUAUUCAAACAGGCAAACAUUGCAAUGCCGCUUGCAGUGUGGUUGGGAAGCUCAAAAUCAAGUAGUCCUAGACACAAAAAAAAAAAAAAAAACACAAAAAAAGACAAAAAAAAAAGAAAAGAGACCCUGUUGUUUCCUUUGUUAGUAUAGCAGAGAUCACCACUGUGCUGCUGGGCACAGCUGGUGCUUAAAGAACAAAGUCCACAA